GGGAGGAAGACGAAGCAGCGUCUCUGGGAUCAUGAUCAGACUGCAGCAGCUCCCGCUGCAGCAACAUGACAUCCAAAACGAUUCACUUCACCGUGAACGGGAUCCCGGAGCGGGCUGAGUUCCCAGGAGACUGUCCAGCUCAGGAGGUCAAAGAUCUGUUUCGCUCUGCAGCCGAGGCCGGACCUCACGACAUCCUGAAACUCUACAACCCCAAAGGGAACAUCAUCAACAUCUCCCCCGGCCUGGAGCCCAACAGCCCUGCCUCCUGCUACAGGCUGGAGGUGGUAGCUGCCGACUGCAACAGCGAGCCGCUAGGCGCUGAGCUUGCUGGUGCGCUCGGAUUCAAUCUGUCAUCCAUGGAGAAAAGACUGCAGGGCCUGGAGAAGAAGGUCCUAUUUGCAGCAGGAGAGACACCUGCCGUGGUGCUGGAGAUGAAGAAACAGGUGGACUGGUUCCGGGAGAAGCUGGAGAGUGUGGAGCAUCUCAGCUGGCUGGGCUUCUACAAAGACCUCUCAGAGGGACCGCACCAGCCAUCACCGUUCUACCACAAGAGGAGUCUGCACAAGACCAGGGAGGAGGUGGAGCGCGUCCGCGAGAAGGUCCUGCAGAUGAGCUCCCUGGAGGUCUCAGAGGAACUGAGGCAGAACCUGAAGACCCCCACCUUCGAUAACUGGCAGUGGGAGGACGCAGAGAUCAUGGUUCUCCUGCAGGUCAUGUUCACAGAUUUAGAUUUCAUCUCCUCCUUCAACAUCGAGCCUGAAGCUCUGCAGCACUUCCUGUUCGAGGUCUACAGAAGAUACAACAACAUCCCGUUUCACAACUUCAAGCACUGCUUCUGCGUCACCCAGAUGAUGUACGGGCUGAUCUGGCUGACCGACCUGAGGAAUAAACUGGAGGACAUCGACCUGCUCAUCAUGAUGACCUCUGCAGUCUGCCACGACCUUGACCACACCGGAUACAACAACGCCUACCAGAUAAACGCGCGGACCGAACUGGCUCUGCGCUACAACGACAUCUCUCCCCUGGAGAACCACCACUGUGCCGUGGCCUUCCAGAUCCUGCAGAGGAGAGAGAGCAACAUCUUCAGGAACCUGUCCUCGGAUCAGUACAAACGGAUAAGAGAGGGGAUAAUCAAAUGCAUCCUGGCCACCGACAUGACGAGACACAACGAGAUUCUGAACAAGUUCAAGUCCGUCCUGCCUGCUUUCGACUUCACCAACAAGGAACACAAAGACCUGCUCAUGAUGAUCCUGAUCAAAGUGAGCGACAUUUCCAACGAAGCGCGGCCCAUGGAGGUGGCCGAGCCCUGGCUGGACUGUCUGCUACAGGAGUUCUUCAACCAGAGUGACGUGGAGAAGUUGGAGGGUCUUCCAGUCAGUCCCUUCAUGGACAGAGACAAAGUGAACAAACCUUCAUCUCAAAUCGGCUUCAUCAGGUUCGUCCUGCUGCCGCUCUUCAUGGAGCUCGCCAACCUCUUCCCCUGCCUGGAGCAGCACAUCAUCGACCCGGUGAGGAAAGCCCUGGACUAUUACACUGAGAUGGACAAAGCUCUGGGCAGGCAGCAACCCAAGACUGCGGCCAGAACCAGACCAGAACCCAGUAAACCAGAGACGUCGUGACCUGGCCUGAAGAACCGAACCGCUCUGAGUUUCUGCAUGUGGAUGUGAAUUUGAUUCUUUAUUUCUUCUUCUGUGGUAUUGUAGUUUGUGCCCCUCAGCCGCUCUCCUUCAUUUCUUCCCUAAAAAUGUCCCGUUUAUUUAUAUUUUUACUGUUAUUUUCUGUUUUCUUUACUAUUGUAAUAAAUAAAUUUCUUCCAUGACGUGAAUAUUUAAGUGAACUAACGAUUGUAAAGCAGCAGAGUCGCCUUUGGUUUUGCUUCCUGUAGUUUUGUGCAUGUUUUCUGUUUACUUCUCAGAUAGUGGGCGUGACAAGCAGGACUUUAUAAUGUCUUCAUUCAUGAUAAACAAGCCUCGGCCACCGGAUGUUUUACAGUUACCAUGUACCUACCGUCAUGGAGGACAAGUCUGACCGGGAGCAGAGGUCAGUAAAGCAAGGGACUGAGUUUUAUGGCCAGGCUGAGAGAUUUUUAUUUUCAAAUACAAGAAUACAGUCAUAAUGCUACGAGAACCAAGUCGUAUUAGCAGAAUAAUUUAAAUAUUGGCAGAAGAAAGUCGUUAAAUUAGAAAGCUUUGAUAGCGAGUCUGGUUCUUUCUGUUAAAUAAAAAGUUGUUUAAACAUCAUUUCAAAGUCCUGGGGCUGAAAAUUUGCUUCUGAUUUGCUAAAACAUUUAAUACUUAGUCAUUUGUUAAACAGUACCAAGUAUAACCUUACAAGAUCCUCAGUAUGGUGAAAAGUUAUAAAACUACGACUUUAUUCUCAUCCAACUUUACUUGUAUUUAAAACAAAUCAAAAACUCAGAGCUCUUAUACUCCAUCAUAAGCAAGUAACUUCAGAAAAAGGCCAAGGAAUAGAGGAGACCGACGUUUUUAUUGUUAAAGCAAAAAUAUUAUGCACUUUUCAUCUCUUCUCAUCUGACAAGCUGGAAUAUAAAGCAAUUUUGCUGCAAUUUUUCCACAAUAAAUAUUAAAAAGAGCUUUGGGGGGUGUCAGAAAAUAAUUGACAGAAAUCCUUGUUUUUAACGCGAAAAGAUCCGCCGACAUUCAGAUGCUGGUCGGGCUCCUGGACAGCAGGGGGCGCUAUGAUUA